UGACAGAUUAUUUCACCAAAGCAUUGUAACAAACAAAAGGUCUCAUUUCUGAUUGAAGAAAAUUUAAAAAGAAAUUGAUAUUAUUUCUGCGUGUACGAGAGCAAAAUUAUCGAACAAUUUUUAGUUUCUGGUUUUGGAAAGCAUGGUUAACUUAGUGAAAGGAGUAUUGGUUACAUGCGAUCCGGCGAUGAAACAAUUUUUGCUGCAUUUGGAUGAAAAACAAGCGUUUGGAAAAAAGUUUAUUUUGCUCAAUUUGGACGAUACACAUUUGUUUAUAUCGGUGGAGAUCGUAGAAGUGUUGCAAAACAAGUUCGACGAUUUAAUGGAUCGCAUUAGUUUCCCUGUACACGAAAGAGGCGAUUAGCUAACACACAAUACCCAUUCACAA